UUCUACAAAAAUUCACUAAAUUAAAUAAAUAAAAUUUUUUUUAGUUUAUUCAAGUAGAUAUCACCAAAGAUUAAACAUGUAUUUUAAUUAUCCUCCUGGUGAUGCUGUAAUUAUUGCUAGACGUCAAUUUUCACAAAAAACAACAUUUAAAGAUAAAUUCGAAGUGAUAUGGAAUUUUACAGCUUUAGAUAUAAAAAGAACUCAUGAAAAAGUUGACAAAACCAUUGCUAAUUCAAUACAUUGGCGUACAAUUGGUAACAAUCUAUACACUACUGUAAAAAAUAAUGAUUAUUUAAGCAAAUCAAUUGAAGCAUACACCAAAAGUAUUGCUUUUGCACCAGUUGGAUCCAAUGAAUUGUCAUUGGCUUAUGCAAAUCGUUCAGCUGUAUUAUUCAAAGCUAGACUCUAUCAAGAUUGUCUUCUUGACAUUGAACGUGCAUUGAAAUCAACAGGCUAUCCAGAUAAAUUAAAAACAAAAUUAUUUAUUCGUCAAUCAUUGUGCUUCAAGGCCUUGAAUCCAAACUCAAGGCUUGAACGAUGUAUAUCAAAUGCAAAUGCAAUUCAGUGGCUUCCUGAUUUAAUGGAAAGUUAUCCAAAUUAUAAUCUCAAAGAUGAAUAUUUAAAAAUGAUAAAUGCACUUGAAAAACCACGUGAUAUAAUUAAAUUUUCACCAGAAAUAAAAAAUAAUAAUUCAAUAAUAGUUGGUGGAUCUGAUGCAAUUGAAUUAAAUGAACAACAUAUUGUUGCAACAAGGGAUAUUAAAUCUGGUGAAUUUAUUUACAUUUCUAAUCCAUUUGCAACAGUUCUAUGUAAUGAAUUACGUUUUACUAAUUGUUGGCAUUGUUGUCGACAAACUUGGGUUGGUGUACCAUGUGAUGAAUGUCCAGUUGUUAUAUAUUGUUCACAGGAAUGCAAAGAUGCAGCUUGGAAUAGUUAUCAUAAUCUUGAAUGUUUAAUACUCGGACAACUUUUAAAAUACUCACAAAUGUCACCAGACUAUUUAUUAACAGUUAAAAUUAUUUCAAAGGCUAUCAACUCAGCAGGUGGUUUGAUUGAAUUGAAAAAAAAAAUUGACAAUAUUAAGGAAAACGAUGAAAUGAUAUUUACCAAUGGUAUUCUUGAUGUUAAUACUAUUGAUAAUUUUAAUCGUCUUGAUUAUUUUAAAGCAACAUCAACUGAGUGUACAUUUGAAUUAACAGCAGCUGUCGUAUGGAUUGUCACAAUUUUUGGUGAAAAAACAAAUAUAUUUGGUAAAAAAACAUCAUUGAAAGAUUUGCAUAAAGAUAAAAAUAAAAAAAUAUUAAUUUUAGGAGAAUUAAUAUUGCGAUAUUUAAUGACGGUUAAUCGCAAUGCUCAAUUUUUUAAAGAAGAUCUCAUGUGGUUACAUGUCAACAUACCAUUUCGUAAGUUAAUAAAAAAAAGCUGUGAUCCUAAUGUCGAUUGGGUUUUCUCGGAUUCAAACCUUGGAUUUUAUGCUACUAAACCAAUUAAGCAAGGAGAACCGUUACUUUCAAGUGUUGUUAGCUCAUAUCAUCUAACAACAAAAGUCAACCGUUACAGGGCAAUAGGACUUACGAAUGAUGAUCCUGUACCAUGUAAAUGUACAGCAUGUGUUGAAAAUUGGCCAACAAUAGAAUCUCUUCCAUCUUUUCUGAGCAUGAGGUUGCCAAUAAGAAUCAAGAAAGAAAUGAGUCAUAUGAUUCUAAAGUUAGAAAUGAUGCAAAAUAUCCUUUGUUAUGGAGAUACUAAAACAUUGUUAACCGUCAAGGAUAGUUUGAAUAGCAUGAAUGACAAGAUUCAUCAAUAUAUCACUUGUCCUUGUAGAGAAAAAUCAACAUUACAUUUAGCACUUCGAGGAUUUUAUUGUAAAUUACUGAAGAUUCAUCAUACUCUCAAGUAAUUAUUUUUCUAGUAGAAAAAAAAAACACA